UCUCACACAGUUCCUCAUUUGGAUUUGCUUGCAACUUCAUAUCAUCCCAAGUGCAAAAACCAAAGAGAGAGGGAGAGCAAAACACAGAGAGAGAUGGAGAUAAAAACCUCUUUUGUUGCCACAUCCUACUUCCUCUGCUUGCUUGGCUUCUCUUCCUUGACAAAUUCUCAGACAGAUUCUUGCAAUUCUAAUCUCAAAAUCGUGGGUAUUCCCUUCAACACAACUUCUCUUAUUUGCCAACCAGUUUGGAGUUCUGAAGAUUUCAUACUUAGGUAUCAACAGAAUGGACCAAGCUUGUGGAAUUUCCUUCUCUCAGUGCCAGACAAGAGUUCAUAUGUAGCCAUUGGAUUCUCCCCUAAUGGGAGAAUGGUUGGGUCUAGUUCAAUUGUAGGUUGGGUUCCUACAGGAAGCAAUGGAGUAAUAAAGCAGUACUUUCUAGGAGGAAUGAAGCCACAGACCUGCACCCCAGACAAAGGGGAACUAGAAGUUGCAAACAUGACCAUUGUUUCUCGGUCAUCACGUUUGUACCUUGCCUUCCAACUCAAAACCACUCAGCCUAACCCUAAUCUGAUAUAUGCUAUUGGGCCACAGAACAGCUUUCCGGCUUCGCCGGAUUAUUUCAUGUCGGAGCACCGAUCACAGACCUCUGCAACAUUGAAUUUUGUCGCAGGUAAGAGCACUACAAAUACAACAACAGAUUCGAGUAGUACAAAAAACAAAAGUUCAGGUGGAAGAAAUACCUAUGGGGUUUUCAGUAUAUUGGCUUUGAUCCUCCCUAUGUUUAUUUGAUGAUUGCACCGAAUUUACUAUUCCUUCUUUUUUUUCAUUAUUUUGGGGUUCGUUUGUGAGUGAUCUCUGAGUGUUGGAGCUUUGUAUCAUUGUAUGUAUUCAUGUUUUAAUUAUUUAUCAGUUUUACC